AUGUCGGGUAUGAUGAGCAAGCGCCAGCAGGCGCGGAACGAAAAGGCUUUGCAGGACCUCGUGCAGAAUGUACCGGGCAAUAAUAUGUGCGCUGACUGUCACGCGCGUAAUCCAGGUAUGCUUCAAACACGCAGCGAAGCUCAUCGAGGGCCUGCCUGGGCAUCUUGGAGUUUGGGCGUUUUCCUAUGCAUGAGAUGUGCUGCGAUCCAUCGAAAGUUGGGCACACACAUUUCCAAAGUCAAGUCCUUGAGCAUGGAUAGUUGGACGAACGAACAAGUCGAUAAUAUGCGUAAGGUCGGAAACGUUACCUCCAACAAUAUCUACAACCCCGAACAUGGCAAACCACCGGUCCCCGUCGAUGCUGACGAAGCCGAUUCUGCAAUGGAACGAUUCAUCCGACAGAAGUAUAUGAACAACACAGUUAGCAGAGCAGGAAAACCCAAAACACCUCACGUAGGAGAGGGAACGCCUCCGCCGUUGCCGCCCAAGAACUCUACUAAGUUCGGAUUCCGAUCAGCAUCAUCCAUUUUCCCACUGUCAUCCAAGUCCAAGAAGGAGGCCAAAUCAAUAGCAGCGGCGCAACUUGCUCGCACUGAGUCCCCGAGACCCCCCAAUAAGCCGUCCAAAGUGUUUGGCGCAACCCUGGACCUUGAUCAGCCAGACGAGAUGGAACAAAAGCUGUCCAGGCUACAGGACAUGGGUUUCCAGGAUGCUAAGCGAAAUGCCUUGGUGUUGAAGGGUGUCAAUGGCAACCUUGAGCGGGCAAUUGAGACUCUUGUGCGCCUGGGUGAGGGAAGCGGCCGUCCUUCACCCCUCCCUACACCUUCACCUAGAGAACAGACUUUGCGCACAUCAAGGUCUUUAACUCCUCUGACACCAAGUGCUGGCGGGCUGGGACUCGGUGCAGGACUUAGCGUUCCAUCUCGUUCGGCCACGGAGCGUCCAACCACCCCGUCGAGUGCUUCGACAAACCCAUUCGACAAUUUGGGCCCGGCUCAACCACAAACAGCUCAAUCUACCGGAAGUCUCCAAAACCGAAACCCCUAUGGUCAGACGAAUCCAUUUGGCGCGCCCGCAGCCCAACAACAACAACACCAACAACAGGCAAACGAUGCCUUCAGCCAGGCAUUCCAAAAUAUGUCACUUUCUCCCCAACAGCCUCUGUUUCCUCAUCAUACCGGCGGAACGGCGCCGCAGCCCGCCCCACAGGCGCCAGUGUACCAACAAGUUGCACCUUCAGCACCUACAACCCCCAGUGGUUUCUCAAGUCUAGGCUUUAGUAGCAACAUGGCAUAUUCUCAGCCACUACAAGCGCAGUCAACAGGAUAUAACCCUUUCUUCCCAAACUCCACAGGCGCAGUUCAGCAGCAACCGCCACAUGGGUCCAACACAUACCCUCAAGUCAACACGAACCAAGCACCUGCAGGUUACAACCCCUUCUCACGAUCUCCAACUCGAAUUGCAUCACCUAGCCUUGGUCAGAUUCCGGAGCAAACCCAGAGUUCGUUCCAGAGCUCUUCUGUAUAUCAAACCUCCGCCGUAUAUCAGAGCCCUGCGCCUCUGAGCACCCCGGAAACCUCUACAAAUCCGUUUUUUGCAAACGCUGGUCAGCCGAUGGUAGCAACGGGCCAACAUAUGUUUGGCCAACAGCAGGCUAUGCAGCAGAUGCAAAACCAGUCUCAGGCGAGCUACAAUCCGUUUGCCCAAGCACAGGCUGGACAGCAACAAUUGUAUGGACAGCAAAUGCAGAUGCCGCAGCAGCAGCAACAGUUUUACCAGCCACAGAGACCAGACAAUGCCUCUAUUAUGGCGCUUUUCAACAACUACCCGCAAACGACGUCACAACACCCUGGUGUUGACUCGGCACAUACUUCAUACCAGGCACCGCAGCAGGCUACACAAUACUCUCAACAGCCAAACAUUCCUGAAAACCAGCCCAUGCAAACACCUAUAGCCUCUGUGCAACAGAAUCACAGUGUCCCUCAGCCACUGUCAUCUAACACGAACCCGUUCAUGAGCAACACGCCUUCUGCCAAUACGAAUGCUGUGGCCACGUCCGACCCUUUUGCUGCCAGGAGCAGGGAGAGUAUGAAUCUUGGUAUGGAUCUUGCAUGGACCAAUGGUCGACACAGUCCAGAUGCCUUUGCAAGCCUCAGCGCACGUCAUGGUUGA